AUGGCGUCAUCUGGCCCCAACACCAUCAAGGUCGUUGCGAGAUUCCGACCGCAAAACAAAGUUGAAUUGUCGUCCGGCGGAGAGCCCAUCGUUGACUUUGAAAAUGAGCAAUCAUGUCAGAUCAGCUCGCGCGAAGGCCAAGGGUCCUUCACCUUCGAUCGGGUGUUUCCCAUGGACUCGCACCAAAGCGACAUCUUCGAUUACUCCAUCCGACCGACCGUGGACGACAUUCUGAAUGGAUACAACGGAACCGUUUUCGCGUAUGGUCAGACCGGUGCAGGAAAGUCGUACACCAUGAUGGGAUCGGAUAUCGAGGACGAUAUGGGCAAGGGUGUCAUUCCGCGUAUCGUCGAGCAGAUUUUCGCCAGCAUCCUCACCAGCCCGAGUAACAUGGAAUACACCGUCCGAGUCAGUUAUAUGGAAAUCUACAUGGAACGCAUCCGCGAUCUGUUGGUGCCCCACAACGAUAACCUGCCCGUGCACGAGGAGAAGUCGCGAGGAGUCUAUGUGAAGGGCCUGUUGGAGGUCUACGUGUCUAGCGUACAGGAGGUGUACGAGGUGAUGCGCCGUGGUGGUGCGGCUAGGGCCGUCUCCGCGACCAACAUGAACCAGGAGUCUUCUCGGUCCCAUUCGAUUUUCGUCAUCACCGUUACGCAGAAGAAUUUGGAGACCGGUUCCGCCAAGAGCGGUCAGCUGUUCUUGGUCGAUUUGGCCGGUAGUGAGAAGGUUGGAAAGACAGGUGCCAGUGGCCAGACUCUCGAGGAGGCCAAGAAGAUCAACAAGAGUUUGAGUGCCCUGGGAAUGGUCAUCAACGCCCUCACGGACGGCAAAUCGAGUCACAUCCCGUACCGUGACUCGAAGUUGACUCGAAUUCUGCAAGAGAGUUUGGGAGGUAACUCGCGGACCACGCUGAUCAUCAACUGCUCGCCCAGUAGCUAUAACGAUGCCGAAACCAUCUCUACUCUGCGAUUCGGUGUGCGCGCCAAGGCGAUUAAGAACAAGGCGAAGGUCAAUGCGGAGUUGAGUCCGGCGGAACUGAAAGCGCUGCUGCGUAAAGCCCAGGGUCAGGUCACCAACUUCGAAUCCUACAUCUCGGCUUUGGAGGUGGAGGUUCAGUCGUGGCGAAGUGGUGACCAGGUGCCCAAGGACCGAUGGACUCCCGCCCGAGGAAAUGAAGUGGUCAGCGCCGCGAAGGCGGAGGCGCGCGCGCCACGUCCUGCCACUCCCUCCCGACUUCAAGACACCCCUCGCUCCGAGACGCCGCGACCGGAUUCGCGCAUCGGCGAUCGCUCUAGCACCCCUAGCAUUAUUCUCGAGAAGGAUGAACGAGAGGAAUUCCUCCGGCGGGAGAAUGACCUGCACGAUCAGAUCGCGGAGAAGGAGUCGCACAUUGCCAACGUCGAGAGAGGCCUUCGCGAGGCCCGGGAUGAGCUCCGGAGUAUGAAGGAGAACUCGGCACGCUCGGGCAAGGACAACGACAAACUGAACACUGAGGUCAAUGAACUUCGCAUGCAGCUUGAGAAGGUCUCGUACGAGGGCAAGGAAGCGUCCAUUACGAUGGACAGUCUCCGGGAGGCUAACUCGGAAUUAACCACGGAGCUGGACGACGUUAAGCAACAGCUUCUGGAUGUCCGGAUGAAGGCGAAGGAGACCAGCGCUGCUCUCGACGAGAAGGAAAAGAAGAAGGCUGAGAAGAUGGCGAAGAUGAUGGCUGGAUUUGACCUCGGCGGCGACGUGUUCUCGGACAACGAACGGAAGCUGCAGGAUCUCAUCCAGCGGGUCGACUCCCUGCACAAGGUCAGCGAAACGGGCGAGACGAUUGCCCCCGAUGAUCUCUUGGAGCUCCGAGCAAGCCUCAUGGAGACCCAGGGAUUCAUCCGCCAGGCCGAACUCACCAUGAACGAUCGGGGUGAACUGGGCGAGCUGCAGGACAGCCGUAGAGUGGAGGUGGAGGAGAAGUUGACGAAUCUCGAGCGGGACUAUGAGAAGUUGCUGGAGCGAAACCUGGGCGAAGGGGAUAUCGAGGAGAUUAGAGAGCGACUGGAGAAGGUCUACGUUACCCGCAAGGAGACCGAGCUGCAGGCCGCUACUGAGCUUCGAGGGGAGAUUGCACGCAAAGACGAAGAGCUGGGCAAGCUGCGCCAGUCCCUUGCCGACUCCCAGUCUCGGGUGUCGACCAAUGGCGCCGCCGGCAAGAACCUGCAGCAGCAGAUCGCCGAGUUUGACGCCAUGAAAAAGUCCCUGAUGCGCGACCUACAGAACCGCUGUGAGCGUGUGGUGGAGCUGGAGAUCUCCCUGGACGAUGCACGCGAGCAGUACAACAACGUGCUUCGCUCUUCGAACAACCGGGCCCAGCAGAAGAAGAUGGCCUUCCUGGAACGCAACCUGGAACAACUGACCCACGUGCAGCGCCAGCUGGUAGAACAGAACAGCAGCCUGAAGAAGGAAGUGGCCAUCGCCGAGCGGAAAUUGAUCGCCAGAAACGAGCGGAUCGCAAGCUUGGAGAGCCUGCUCCAGGAGAGCCAGGAGAAACUUACCCAAGCCAACCACAGAUUCGAAGCGCAACUCACCGCUGUCAAAGAGAGACUCGAAGCCGCGAAGCAGGGAUCGACCAGGGGUCUUCCAGCUAUGGAUGGCAGUGGCGGUUUCAAUUUUGGCGGCUCGAGAAUUGCGAAGCCGCUCCGUGGCGGCGGAGGAGAGAGCAACGCUCCCAUUGCCGGAGUCCAGUCUCAGGAGACGGGGAAACGCACCAGCUGUCAGAGCUGCGUCGGUCAAAACACCACAACCCACGCCCGCAUCCCUUUCAUUACAAUCGCCUACGACCAAUUCAUCAAGACAACGAAUAUCCACCUUAUGUGCGAUCAUCAUCGGUGCGUGAUUUCUCGAAAAUUCGAUCGACGCGAAGCCGAGAGACGUCUCGAGCAAGACGGGGAAGAUUGUAAGGAUGAUGAUGGACAUUUUCUACGAAACGAAUCAAACGACAGAUUCCAAUUUCCAGAAGUUGCUCAUAUCUUACCGCAUUCCCUAACGUCGGUUUCUUCGAACAAUACGGACCUGAACGAUUCGGAGAAAAAUGCUCUCCGAAUCCUGAAUAUGUUCGAGCACGGAAUCACCCAUCUUCUAGAAUAUCCGAAGAUCGAUAGCCCCAUGAACGCUAUGACGUUAACCCACGAGUAUCAUCAACUAUUUGGCGCAUUUAAAAUAUACUUUGAGCACACAGACAACCCAUAUCAAUAUGAGAUCAAGUCAACAGAACGAAAAACAUUUUUGAGUGACCCAUUACUCCCUGUUGUUCGGACCCUGACCCUGAGCCCUAACCGUACCAUUGACCCACCAUCUCAACGACUUCUUGCCGUCCACCGUGGGAUUGCUUUUAUCAUAAAGCUCAGUGGUGCCGGGGGUUAUAUAGAGGGCAUCCUUCGUGAUUUAGACGAAAUGAGUGUGAAAGCAGAUGGAUCAACGAACUUGGGACAUCUAGUGAAACUUCAACUUGUCAAGACCCUUCAAGAAGCAAAUACGGUGCAGACUGGUGCUAUGAGACUCACCGACACCCACAAGUUCGACGGCAGGUUCGAUGCAGGGCAACGAGCCAAAGCUGACUAA